AUGUUGCGGAAUAUCCUAGAUGACAGCCCCGACAGAGACGCAACAGAUGGGCCUAGUGUCAAUCGAGCCCCUCAAAGCUUGUCCUGCCCCGAUUGCGCACUAACCAAUUUUCCCAAUCUCUCAAAGCUCAACAAGCAUCGGAAUACACACGAAAGACCAUACGAAUGUCUGGCAAAAGAUUGCUUCGAGCGCUUCGCUCAACGCCAGGCGCUCACCCGGCACACCGAGACUAAACACGGCGACGCGAGAAAUCCUACGAAAUUCUAUCACUGCACCGUCGACGGCUGCAAAUAUUCGAGCUCGGGGCGAUGGCGGAAAAGAUUUACGAGGCCUGAUCAGGUGAAGGAGCAUAUAAAAGACUACGGGCACUACGGCCCGCACUCCGCGAGCGAUCGCCCACGGCGGCCGGGAAAGCGAAUUUUGACGACCGAAGCGAUUACGGCUCGUUUUGAAGAGUGGAGUGUGGAUGAGAAUGGAGACUCGCAGCCUCGACGGACGGUGCGGAGUUUUGAGUAUAACUCGUUUAAGACCAGGUUGUGGCAUCCGGAUGUUGCAGCGGAGAUAUUUCUCAAGGGAGAUGAUGCAGGAGGAGGAGAUGGGCACGUCUGCUCUGUGGAAGGUUGCUACUACCUUGGGAGGGGACGACCUGAAGGUUGUGAGAGAGUGGUGUUUAAGACGCUGAAGGCGUUGCUGGAGCACCAUCGAAGGGCUCAUGAAUCGGGCUUAGGUCCUUCCCUUGCGAUGCAAGUGAGGGAAAAGGAAAGAGGGAGUGCUCUUAGCUCGACUUCAUCAGAUUCUUACUCCUCCAGAACGCUAUCUGUCAAUUCAGACUCGCCGUAUGGCCAGCUGGAGGAUCUCCUGGGUUUGGGUUUCGGUACGGAAGAUCCGAAAGUAUGGAACGAAAACUUCGCUCCAGCUCCUUCAAGCUUCUGUAAGGCGAGUGAAGGUAUCGAAUGCUACUGUCAGUCUUGCUGUCAGCGCGAGAUGGCCGUUCCGCUGCGUUCGGAAUUUGUGGUCCCCCAGCUCCCAGGAGAGUCUUCCUACAUGCACUUCACGACUCUACAUAGCUCAUCGAGCUUGCACGAUAUACAAUGCCAAGUAUCGGAGCCCACUACAGAUACCGAAGACUAUCGAUUCAGCCUCCCUUCCAGCCACUCCGCAUCUCUAUUCCGACAUGACUCACUGAAUUCUCGCUCAAAACCCCGAGUCCCUUGCGAUUUCCCCUCCUGCAAAUCAACUUUCCUUCGCAAAUACGAAAAGCAACGACAUGUUAAAAGCGUGCACAGCUCCGCAACACCAUACAGCUGCCACCUCUGCGACAGCAAAUUCCGACGACAAGACAAACUCACCUCUCACGUGCAAAGUAAACACCCCGCCCACCCAACCGCGGAGUCGGAAACAAAGUCUAUGAUCAGUGGUUCCUCGGAGUUUCCGAGCUAUAGCGCUUUGUCGGUGCCGAGUUUCCUAUCAGGGAGAGAUGUGGUGCCUAGUGAUACCUUGGUUAGAGCGAAUUCUGGCUCGGAGAGGUGGAUGAGCGGAAUUGGCGAUGUGUUUGCAGAACGACACUCGGUGGUUGGACAGCGAAAUAGCUGGUUUGGGGGGAUGGGUUGGCGGCCUGAUAGUCCAAAACUGAUACCAGCGGGGACUAGCGAGUCGCCAAUUUGUCUCGACGAAACACCACCAAGUUUUAUUUAG